GGGAGGUUCGGAGCUGCGGGCUGGAGCGCCGGGUUGGUGCCGCGGGCGCGGACGCCAUGGGGGACCCCGGGCGCGAGCUGGAGGGCGUCCAGGACGACUUCUACAGCCAGUUCGCCGCCGAGCUCGAGGUGCUGGCCGAGCUGGAAGGGACAGCGGCCCUGUCGCCCUCCAGGGGUCCCCGGCCCAUGGGGUGUCUGUCCCGGCUGACGUUCGAGGAGGCUGUGGCCGGAGGGGACGCUGCCACUCAUUGCUCUCCAGGCGGACCUCCAGGGAACCACAGAGGCAGUGCCAGGAAGAGGCAGCUGGCCGACCAGGACUCGAAGGCCGCGGCUUUGCCCCCCACCCCCAGGGUCAAACGGCUCCGGCAGGAAGUCGUGAAGAAGCUGAACUUCAGACCUGAGCAGAUGGAAGAGCUGCCCCUUCCUGACUCCCCUGCUGGGGACAUCACCCCCCCACCGAGUCCAGAGGUCCCCACUGAACUGUGGGGCAAGGGGCCCUUGGACGCUGGUGCUGACGUGGGUCCCCUGCAGGCCUCUCCAGCAGCCCGAAAUCCAGUCCUGAGGCGGCCCCCGGUCCUGGAGGACUAUGUCACCGUGACCUCCACUGGGGGCUCCCGGGCUUUCCUGGUGCUGCGGGAUGACCCAGUGGGCACAGGGGUGCAGGACCCUUCCCUUGAUAUUUGGUGGCGAGGGCGUGGCCGGCUGGACCUGUUGGGUGUGUCCUUCGAGUCCCUGAAGGAGCAGGUGGACAGCGAGCGGAGGCAGCAGCUGCUUGAGGAGGCCCAUCAGCUCUCAGACGUGCUUCGCAGUAGCCCGGCCGCUCAGGGCGUCAUGUUCUCCAGCCUCACAUCCGAGGAGGUGGGAGAGGAGGCCCAGGCUUCGCAGGCCCCCGAGGAAGCGCUGGCUAACGGUCAAGAUGACUCCCAGCACUGCCUCUGGGUGGACGAGUUCGCCCCUCGGUGCUACACGGAGCUUCUCAGUGACGACUUCACUAACCGCUGCCUCCUCAAGUGGCUGAAGCUGUGGGACCCGGUGGUGUUCGGCCGAGAGCGGCCUGCCAGGAGGCCGAGGCCCGGUCCGGAGCCGGCCCGAGGUGGCCAGGAGGCUACCACCUCCGGCAAGUGGAAAAGCCACGAGCAGGCGCUGGAGGACAUGCUAAGCGCUGAGCUGGACGCGAGCCGGCGGCCGCGGCAGAAGGUGGCGCUGCUGUGUGGGCCCCCAGGGCUGGGCAAGACCACCCUGGCUCAUGUGAUCGCGCGGCAUGCUGGCUACUGCGUGGUGGAGUUGAAUGCGAGUGACGACCGCAGCCCUGAGGCCUUCCGCACGUGCAUUGAGGCGGCCACGCAGAUGGAGUCGGUGCUGGGUGCUGGCGGGAAGCCCAACUGUCUGGUCAUUGAUGAGAUCGACGGGGCCCCCGUGGCCGCCAUCAAUGUUCUUCUGAGCAUCCUGGACCGCAAGGGCCCGCAGGAGGCAGAGUCCGGGGGUCCGGCUGUUCCCACAAGUGGGGGACGGCGGCGCCGGGCUGAGGGGGGGCUCCUGAUGAGGCCCGUCAUCUGCAUUUGCAACGACCAGUUCGUGCCCUCCUUGCGGCAGCUGAGGCAGCAGGCCUUUCUGCUCCACUUUCCGCCCACGCUGUCCUCCAGGCUCGUGCAGCGGCUGCAGGAGAUCUCCCUGCGGCGAGGCAUGCAGGCCGACCCGGGUGCGCUGGCGGCUCUCUGUGAGAAGACAGACAACGACAUCCGCGCCUGCAUCAACACCCUGCAGUUCCUGCACGGGCGGGGCCGGCGGCAGCUGAGCGUGCAGGCUGUGCAGACCACUCACGUGGGUCUCAAGGACCAGCGCAAGGGGCUCUUCUCUGUGUGGCAGGACGUCUUCCAGCUGCCCCGGGCCCAGAGGCAACGCCGGGGCCAGAACCUGGCCCUGCCCCCGCACGCGCUCCUGCUCCGUGACGGGCACACAGGUCCGGGGCCCCGUGCCGCCGAGGCACCUUUGACCACGGCUUCCCAGCGGUUUUACCACAUCCUGCAUGUGGCUGCCUCCGCCGGCGAGCACGAGAAGGUGGUGCAGGGUCUGUUCGACAACUUUCUGCGCUUGAGGCUGCGGGACUCCAGCCUGGGGGCCGUGUGCACGGCCCUCGACUGGCUGGCCUUUGACGACCUGCUGAGCCGGGCCGCCCGCCACGGCCAGAACUUCCAGUUGCUGCGCUACCUGCCCUUCCUGCCGGCCGCCUUCCACCUGCUCUUUGCCUCCAGCCACGUGCCGAGGAUCGCUUUCCCCAACAGCCAGCAGGAGGCCCAGAACCGGAUGAGCAGGACACAGAACCUCAUCCAGACGCUGGUACUGGGCCUGACACCCGCCACUCGCAGCCGGGCUGCACCUCAGGCCCUCAUCCUGGAUGCCCUCUGCCUGCUUCUGGACAUCCUUGCGCCCAAGCUGCGCCCUGUGAGCACACAGCUGUACAGCGCUCGCGAGAAACAACAGCUGGCCAGCCUCGUGGGCAUCAUGCUUGCCUACAGCCUAACCUACCGCCAGGAGCGCAUGCCCGACGGCCACUAUGUCUACCGGCUAGAGCCGAACGUGGAGGAGAUUUGCCACUUUCCUGAGCUGCCGGCCCGCAAGCCCCUCACCUACCAGGCCAAGCAGCUCAUUGCCCAUGAGAUCGAAAUGGAGAAGAUGCGGCGGACAGAGGCCUUGGCCCGCGCUGGGGACAGCCCCCAGGCAGAGGGAGCUCCCCAGGCAGGUGCUGGGGAGAAAGGGACGCAGCCGCCCACCUCGCGCAGCCACGAGGAGCAGCGGCUGGAGCGCAUCCUGAAGAAAGCGGCCCUGGAGGAGCAGCCCGAGAGAGACUUCUUUGGUCGUGUGGUCAUCAAGAGAGCGUCAGCCCUUCAUGCAGGGGACUGGGCCCCGGACACAGACGCGACAGAGCGGCGCAUAGGCACGGCGGUGGGCAGGAGCGACGUCUGGUUUCGCUUCAAGGAGGGCGUCUCCAAUGCUGUGCGGCGCAGCCUGUAUAUCAGGGACCUGUUGUAGCCGGGGCUGCACCCACACCUCGACCCCUGGAUCCCCCUCCGGACACCCCAGGACCUACGCUGGACACCCUGGGGCUGCACCCACACCUUGACCCUUGCUGGGUGCCCUGGAUCCCCCUCCGGACACCCUAGGGCCCAGGCUUGAUGCUGUACUGUUGCUUUUUCUCCAUCAGAAAAUGUACAAAAGCACAGAUAUCCUCAAAGAAUCUUUAUAAAAAUCACAUUUUUA